AUGCCAACGAGUGACAGAACAGCACCCAAACUUCCAAACUUAGCAUCAGGCAAAACAAAAGAACUUGGGAGUGCAGGUGGGUCACAGAAAAAGAGGAAUAAGUCGGCUGCUGUUUAAUCCUGGGAUGCGAGACUCCGUUUUGAAAAGUUCACACCACCCAUUUCAAGCAUCUUCAAGUGCACAUUUAAAGCACAUGGCUUCUCCCUAAGAAUGCUUGGAAUUGCAGUUUUGUUAGGGCGCUGGCAACGAUAGCUCUGAGAAGGGAAACUAUGGUUCUCGGGAUUACUUGGUGGAAAAGUCAUGUGCUUCAAAUGGAUACAUAUUGCUGGUGCUCUGCCCGAAUAAGUCACCUUCUCGUGACAUGAGGGACGUGAGCGACGGCAACGGCAGGAGGGCCAAAGGAAGAUCUGCUAGGUGUGGCCUCGAACGCACUCCUUUCCUUCUCUCUCACUCCUCCCUCACCCACUGCGGAGGCGGCGCGUUGUGUUGGGUCGAAGAGCCGCGACGACGGAGAUUCCAAAACGACGUGUGACGCGUCCCGGCGGAAGGAUUCGAGGAAUGGAGCGCCGGGAGAAGGAGGAGGAGGAGACGAAGAGCGAGGCGGCUCCCUAAAGUGAAGCGCUGUGUGUGUGUUGGUGGGGGGAAGAAUGCAUUAAAGAAGUGGCGAGGGGAGGGGGGAAGAGGAGGAGGGGGAACAAAAUAGUCCCGGAACCGCCGGAAGAGGCCGAACGGAGCCGAGUGGAGUCGAACCUGGGCCUGCCCCAGCGAAGCCGGCGGGGAACGUCGGCCUGAGGAGAAUCUAGCCCGAGCGAGCGAGCGCCGGCGGGAGCGGCGAAGCCGAGUCGGGCCCUCAGACGGCGGCGAGAGGAGGAGGAGACGCGGCCUGUGGAAAGGAGCCCACAUUUCUUCCCCUCCCGCUCCGCUUUCUCCCCCUCACAUUCCGGACUUGGCGGCGGGAAGGAGGCUCUCCGGGAACGGCUGUUGUUUUAAUCUUCUUGUUCUUCUACUCCUCGUCCCAGCCGUCGACGGGAGAGCUCGGGUGGGUUGCCUCCACCGGCGAAGCUUCGGUGGCGAAGCGGGCCCCCAAACAGGACUCGAACCGGAGUCAAGCCGGUUCGACGCGGAGGGGCGAAAAGAAGUCGUCUCAUCUCUCCUCACACCCCCCACCCCGCGGCCGCCGCAACUGCUGCUACGACGACUUCGGGGCGUCCGAGCUCCCCACCCCCACCCCGGACCCAUCGACGAACUUAGUCCUGUCAGGAAGAAGAUGAUGCUCUUCGGGGCCUAG